AUGACUAAACUCUUCGAGCCCCUUCGCGUUGGCCGCGUGGAGCUCUCCAACCGCAUCACCCUAGCCCCUCUAACCCGCUUCCGCGCCGACGACAACCACGUCCCCCUCCCCUUCGUCAAGGAAUACUACGCCCAAAGAGCCUCAUUGCCAGGCACCCUCCUUGUCACCGAAGCAACACUCAUCAGCGCCCGCGCAGGCGGCUACCCCAACAUCCCCGGCAUCUACAACGAUGCCCAAAUCGCCGCCUGGAAGGAGGUAACCGACGCCGUGCACGCAAAGGGCUCCUACAUCUACAUGCAGAUCUGGGCUCUCGGCCGAGUUGCCCCACCAGAUGGACUUAAGACCAUGGGCGAUUUCGUCCCGGUUUCCAGCAGCGCCACACCCUUUGAUGGCGGCGCUGUUCCGCAUGCACUGACGGAAUCCGAGAUCCAGGAAUGGAUCCAGGAUUAUGCUCAGGCAGCCAAGAAUGCUAUCGCGGCUGGAUUCGAUGGUGUUGAGAUCCACGGUGCGAACGGGUACUUGAUUGAUCAGUUUACUCAGGACACGUGCAACAAGCGUACUGAUGCAUGGGGUGGAAGUGUUGAGAACCGUGCUCGUUUCGCGCUGGAGGUUACCAAGGCUGUUGUUGAGGCUAUUGGUGCCGACCGGACUGGUAUUCGGUUGAGUCCGUUUAGCAUCUUCCAGGGGAUGCGGAUGGAGGACCCUGUCCCUCAGUUUACGUAUUUGGCGGAGCAAUUGAAGAGCUUUAAGCUUGCUUAUGCCCAUGUUGUUGAGGCGCGCAUUGCGGGAAAUGCGGAGAUUGAGGCGAGUGAGAAGCUGGAUUUCUUCUUCAAGGCUUAUGAACAGGCUAGCCCUAUUAUGGUGGCUGGUGGAUAUAAGCCUGAUUCGGCGCGUGAGGCUGUUGAUGCCGUGUAUAAAGAUUAUGAUGUUUUGAUUGCAUUUGGCCGUUCUUAUAUCGCCAACCCGGAUUUGCCUUUCCGGGUGAAGAGCAAUGUUCCCCUUACACCUUAUGACCGGGAUAUGUUCUACCGGCCGAAGGACCCUGUGGGUUAUAUUGACUAUGAGUUCAGUGAUGAGUUCAAGGCUGUUAAGGUUGAGGCUUAA